CUGGGCGCCCCCCUGGGGGCCCCCCUGGGGGCCCCCCCGGGGGGCCCCCGGGGGGCCCCCCCGGGGGGGCCCCCGGGGGGGCCCCCGGGGGAGCCCCCGGGGGGGCCCCCGAGGACCCCUGGGGGAAUCCAGGGGGGCCCCCGGGGGGCCCCCUUGGGGGGCCCCCCGAGCUGCGAAGGAACUUUUAUGGGUACAGUUUUAGGGGGGAUGGGGGGCCCCCUGGGAUGGGGGCCCCCGAGUGGGGGCCCCCCUCGCAAAUGAGGCGCAGCAGCACAUUGCAGAGUAGUCAUGAGUACCAAGUGUUAUAUAAUCAGCAGCAGCAGCAGCAGCAGCAGCAGCAGCAGCAGCAGCAGCAGCAGCAGGGGGAGCAGCAGCGGUGCCAGGCGUGGUUCCGGCCUGCGGAGUCUGCGGACGGCGGAGCAGCAGCAGCGGGCGCAGCAGCAACAGCAGCAGCAGCAGCAGCAGCAGCAGCAGCAGCAGCAGCAGCAGCAGCAGAUCAAGGACACAGCGAGUCCGCAUUUAAAGCAAAAGAAAAAGAAAAAAUAAAAACUGCUUUGCUGCACUACAAAAGCCUUUCAGCAGACGAAGCAGCAAGGCCAGAAAUAUACGGAGACCUCCAAGUUAUUGUUGACAUAGAUGAUACAGUGCGCUCCAGCGGCGGGGUCACUUUCCUCUCUGUCAGCCUCGGAGGUGCCGAUAACAUUCGACAAUCCAAUAAAUGCGAAAUUGCGGCUGACAGCUUUGAGGAGAGGAGUUAG